AUGAAAGUUUUUAAUACAAAGCUUCAAACGGUAGUGAGAGAACAACUGACUGCGGAAGGACACCCAUUACCUUCAGAAGUUACCAUAGCGUAUAAUUUUGAAACAAAUGCAAUAGAUUUUAAAGUCGUCUCUGCAAAGAAGUCAGGUUUUACAUUUAAUGAAGCAGAUGUAUAUUCGAAUGAAAACUUCAAAGCUAUUGCAUGGUUAGAUAAUGACGAUUGCUUUAAGAAAAUAUUUAAAUUCAGUGACUCAACGAUGUCAAUAGAUGACCUUCGUGGAAUGUUACCAUCGACGUUUACAGUAGAAGGUUCAGCAGGAUUGCUUACAAGAUUGUCAAUUGGUGGUAUUUGGUCUCGUGAGAACAUUGUUAUAAAAUCCAGUAUAAGUGAAUUUGCUGAAGAAUCUAUAUUAUGUCUUUCAAACUAUAUGUAUUCGCCGCCGAAGCAUUAUAGUAUAACAAACUUUGUCAGUAAGUUUAAUAUAAGACUUGUUGAACCUUCUUCAAUGAAAGAUGUUGUGCUACCCAAAGACGGAAAGGAUGGACUCAUUAUUGAGAUGAUUUUAAUAGCAUAUUAA